AUGCUCCAAGCAAUCGCUCCAGCACCUUGCACGCAUCCGGCGCCGCGCCAUUGCAUCGCGCUCCUCCGCCUCCACCUCGCAGCCCCCUCCAUCGCCGUCGCCAAGCAGAUCCACGCGCGCGCGCUCCGUGCGGCCGGCGUGCCCCUCUCCCACCCUCUCCUCGCCAAGCACCUCCUCUUCCACCUCGCCUCCCUCCGCGCCGGCGCCGCCCCGCUCCGCUACGCCGUCGCCAUCCUCACCCGCCUCCUCCCGGAACCCGACCCCUUCUCCCUCAACACCGUGCUCCGCAUCGCCGCGUCCCGCCCCCGCGUCGUGCUCGAGCUCCACCGCCGUCGCCUCGCGCCGCCCGACACGCACACCUACCCGCCGCUGCUCCAGGCCUGCGCACGCCUCCUCUCCCUCCGCUACGGGGAGAGCCUCCACGCCGAGGCCGCCAAGAACGGCCUCGCGGCGCUCGUCUUCGUCAAGAACUCCCUCGUCCACCUCUACGGCGCGUGCGGCCUGUUCGAGAGCGCCCACAGGGUGUUCGACGAGGUCUUCUCCACAGAGAGCGCCAUGGCUGGGAAGGGGUUGGUAGCUCCACCACAUCUGCAGGACAUGCGGGCUCGUAAGUGGGCCUUUUGA